AAUAAAAACCAAUUCGAUGAAUUACGCCUAAAGGUUCACAUCAGAAUAGUGCUAGUUGAUGAGAGUUACUUCGGAAACAAAAAGAGUAAAGUAAAAUUCAUUUGGGUUAUUCUCUCAAUUACAAUAAAAUGCAACUGGAUCUAGUAUGAGUUGGCGAUCAGAACGUAUAUGGAUAGAACUUAUAACGGGGUCUCGAAAAACAAGUAAUUUCUGCUGGGCCUUUAUCCUUUUUUUAGGUUCAUUAGGGUUCUUAUUGGUUGGAACUUCCAGUUAUCUUGGUAGGAAUUUGAUAUCUUUAUUUCCGUCUCAGCAAAUAAUUUUUUUUCCACAAGGGAUCGUGAUGUCUUUCUACGGGAUUGCCGGUCUCUUUAUUAGCUCCUAUUUGUGGUGCACAAUUUCGUGGAAUGUAGGUAGUGGUUAUGAUCGAUUCGAUAGAAAAGAAGGAAUAGUGUGUAUUUUUCGUUGGGGAUUUCCUGGAAAAAAUCGCCGGAUCUUCCUCCGAUUACUUAUGAAAGAUAUUCAGUCCAUCAGAAUAGCAGUUAAAGAGGAUAUUUAUGCCCGUCGUAUCCUUGUCCUUUAUAUGGAAAUCAGAGGCCAGGGGGCCAUUCCUUUGACUCGUACUGAUGAGAAUUUGACGCCACGAGAAAUGGAACAAAAAGCUGCUGAAUUAGCCUAUUUCUUGCGUGUACCAAUUGAAGUAUUUUGAAAUGAACUGAUUUCUUAGCAGGAGGGAAAAAAUUCAAGGA